AUUGAAGAAUUAUGAAGGUGCAGUCCAACAGAAAUUGUUUCUCUAACGAGCGUGACAUGAGCGGUGACACAUCAUACCAAACGUCACAUUGAACCGGCCACCGCCGGCGCCAGUUAAUUUGAUUGGGCACGCUUCGUUCUCAUCGCGGGAGCAAAGCAUCUAGAAUUCUACACAUCGCAGUUCCUUCCGCGGAGAAGAAUCCAAUUAUCCAACAGUAAAUACACGAGUAUAUAAGUUAGCCGUCCAGUUCAGGGCGCCAAGCCAACCAACAAGAUCAAAUCGAAUCGAUCCAUCAGAUCGAGCUCGUCGAUGGCGGCAGCAGCAGGAAGCGGCCGGAGCAGGGAGGAGCGGUGGAGCCUCGCCGGCAAGACGGCGCUCGUCACCGGCGGCACCAAGGGAAUCGGGCGGGCGAUCGUGGAGGAGCUGGCGGGGUUCGGCGUCCGGGUGCACACGUGCGCGCGGGGCGCCGCGGACCUAGAGGCCCGCCUACGCGACUGGGACGCCGACGCCGAUGCCGAUGCCGGCCGCGGGCGCGUCACGGGCACGCCCUGCGACGUGUCCGUGCGCGGCGACCGCGAGCAGCUCAUGUCCGCGGCGCGCGCGUCCCUCGGCGGCAAGCUCGACAUCCUCGUCAACAACGCCGGGCAGACCUUCUUCUCCCCCGCCACGGCCGCCUCCCCCGAGGACUACGCCAGGCUCAUGGCCACCAACCUCGAGUCCGCCUUCCACCUCUGCCAGCUCGCGCACCCGCUGCUCGUCCAAUCGCCCGACGGCGGCAGCGUCGUCAACGUGUCCUCCAUCGGCGGCGUCAUCGCGUACCCGCUGCUGGCGGUGUACUCGGCGACCAAGGGCGGCAUGAACCAGCUGACACGCAGCCUCGCCGUCGAGUGGGCCGCGGCCAAGAUCCGCGUCAACUGCGUCGCGCCGGGCGGGAUUAGGAGUGAGAUAUUGAGCAGCAGCGGGAUGAAGAUGGACCCGGAGGCUAUGGCGGGGUUCAUGGAGAAGGAGAACGCUCGUGUGGCUUUGGGCCGCAUGGGCGAGCCCGAGGAGGUCGCGUCGCUGGUUGUGUUCUUGUGCUUGCCGGCCGCGUCUUAUAUUACUGGGCAGGUCAUCUGCGUCGACGGCGGCCGCACCAUUGCCGCUUAAUUAGAGCUUAGCUCUGCCUGUGCCUGGGCGAUCCACCUCUUGAAUAAACUGUUCAUGAAUUUGCAAUGCAAAAUUUUAGCAGAGGCCAGUCCGAAUGAUUUGUUGGAUCGA